AUGACUUGGAAAUCGAGGCGGUCUGAAGUUAUUUCGAGGUUAGUAGUAGCACAUAAGGUCAACUCCUUCAUGUCGAUUGAGAAGUCUAAUCGUCGUCGGAUAGCAAAAAGUCAUACAACUUCCCACAAGCUCAGCCGUUUCAGCAACACCGCCCAACGAGACACACUUUCAAAGUGA